AUGGAGCCCAUAGCUAUUGUUGGCCUCUCUUUCAAGUUGCCGGGGGAUGUCACCGACGAGGGUGCACUCUGGCAAAUGCUCGUGGACCGACGAAAUGCCAUGACUGAAUGGCCUGCAAAUCGGAUCGCAAUCGAUGCUUUCUUUGACAAAACAUCUGAGGCUCGAAACAGGUUGCAAUCUCGUGGAGGUCAUUUCGUGAGCGAUGAUCCAGCUAGCUUCGAUGCUCCAUUCUUUUCCAUAACAGCAAAAGAUGCAGCUUCGAUGGACCCCCAACAAAGAUGGGCCCUGGAGUGCUCCUUCCACGCAUUUGAGAACGCCGGCAUGCCUGUCGAAAGCCUCAAAGGUUCUCGGAUGGCCGUGUUUGGCUCGAGCAUGUCCGACGACUACUCUCGAAUGCUCUCAAGAGAUCCUGAUACUUUUCCUCGUACCGCUAUAACUGGUAUUCAAUCUGCUAUGUUGUCGAACAGGGUCAGUUGGUAUUAUGGCUUGACAGGGCCGAGUAUGACUGUCGACACAGCGUGUUCAAGCGCCAUGGUUUCCCUUGACCUAGCUUGCCAAUCUCUACGAAGCCGCGAAGCAACUUCGGCCUUGGUAUUUGGGUCUAAUUGGAUGCUUGCCCCUGAUAAUUCUUUGAUGUUGGCGAACAUGGGUUUCACAUCUCCAGACAGUGUUUGCUGGAGUUUCGAUUCACGCGCCAAUGGCUAUGGCAGGGGCGAAGGCGUCAUUGCUCUUGUGCUGAAACCUCUGUCCGCAGCGAUUGAAGAUGGUGACAUGAUCAGAGCUGUGAUCAGAUCAAGCGGGAGUAACCAAGAUGGACACACACCAGGUCUGACGCAACCAAGUCUCGAUGCUCAAGAAAGCUUGAUCAGACAUGUCUACGAAAAAGCGAAUCUAGACUAUGACUCGACACGUUAUGUCGAGGCUCAUGGCACUGGAACACCGGUCGGCGAUCCGAUCGAAAUGGAAGCUAUUGGAAAAGUGUUCCGAAAAUUUCGCUCUACAGAAGAGCCACUCUACGUUGGCUCUAUCAAAUCAAACAUUGGUCAUUUGGAAGCAGGGAGUGGUCUUGCUGGGAUCCUCAAGGCAAUUAUGAUCCUUGAAAAGGGCGUCAUCCCACCCAAUGCCCUGUUCGAAAAUAUCAAUCCGAAAAUCGACACAGCCUUUUUGCGUACCCAGGUGCCAACAGGAAGUAUUUCUUGGCCAGCUUGUGGACUCCGUAGAGUAUCAGUCAAUUCGUUUGGAUUUGGCGGAACAAAUGCCCACGUGGUACUCGACAGCGCUUCACAUUAUCUUAGAAGUCAGGGGUUAGUAGGCCAUCAUAGGUGUACCACUCUGUCGACAGAUCUUGGGGUACCUCAUGUCCUUGAGGACUCAUCCCAAGCUCCAGUCACUACAUACGAUGACAGUGUCUUUAAGACCAACCCGGUUGUUGAUGACUACCGUGAAAACCUCGCGCAUGAUCAAUUAAAUGGAAUUACGAACGGCAGCACUCAUAUUCUGAGAAACGGCACGACAAAUGGCGGCGUGACUGACUUUUCGGACGAGAUUACUGUUAAUGGAAAACUACCGGACUAUCCCCGGCUACUGGUUUGGACAGCUUCAAGCGAGAAAACGCUGGUCCGAUUGACGAGCGACUAUGAUGCUUAUUACCGUGCCAAAAUUCAUGCCGAUGAGGAGAAGCUUGAACAGCUGGCUCACACUUUAGCUUCUCGAAGAAGUUGUAUGAAAUGGAGAUCGUUUGCCGUGGUUCAUGCCGGGAGCGGUGCUCAAGCUGAUAUAGGGCUGUCUGUGGAGAAACCUCUCCAGACGUCGACUCAGCCACGCACUUCUGUCUUUGUCUUCACCGGACAGGGGGCACAGUAUGCAGGCAUGGGUCUGGAGUUAUUGGUGUACAGAACAUUCCGGGACCACCUGCAGAAGGCUGAGGAUAUUUUUGCAAGCUUGGGUUGUACAUGGUCGAUACUUGAUAAAAUUAAGGAUCCAGAUGCCAUGAAUAAUCCUGAAUACAGUCAACCUUUAUGUACGGCAAUUCAGAUCGCUCUUGUAGAGCUGCUGAGAAGCUUUAACAUCACUCCUAAAGCGGUUGUGGGCCACUCUUCUGGUGAGAUUGCAGCUGCAUACACCGCUGGUGCCCUAUCCAUACAGUCAGCUUGUAAAGUAGCCUAUUUAAGAGGCUUGGUUACUGCUCAAGCUCAAGUGAUACACCAAUCCUCACCAGGCGCCAUGUUAUCCGUGAACAUAACUGAAGAUGAGCUUCCUACAUACCUGAGAAACUCGAAUUCUGAGGACUUAGGCGACAAGAUCUCCAUAGCCUGUGUAAACAGCCCGUCGAAUUGCACUCUGGCAGCGACCGAGGCGGUGAUUGACAGGCUAAAGAUGCAACUCGAGGACGACCAAAUAUUUGCGCAGAAGCUAAACACAGGGGUUGCCUACCAUUCACCUAUGAUGGAGGAAGUUGCAUCGCAAUAUCUUAAUCUAUUAGGAACUCUCGACUCGCCAGAUACUACUAAAGGUGGUAUACUAAUGAUAUCAUCAGUCACAGGAUGCGACGUGACUCCUAAGGUUUUGACAACGGCAGAGUACUGGGUUGCUAAUUUGACGUCCCAGGUCAAAUUCUCACCGGCAGUGACCGCACUUAUUCAAACCGUUCUGAACUCUGGCCAGAAAAGUGAGCCUCACAUUGAUUUGAUCGAGAUCGGUCCACACGCGGCACUGAGACGACCGAUCCGUGACAUAACAAGCCAAGACUCCCUCCGCGAAAAAGUCUUUUGGUAUGGAUCAGUUUUGGAUCGCUCAACGCCAUCUCACAAAGCAGCCUUGGUCCUUCUGGGACGUUUGUUCUGUCGUGGCUACCCAGUUUCCCUUGCAGAAGUUAACAUGUCAGAAGUACAGGUUUCGGAGAGAAAGGCUAGGUUGCUCACUGACUGCCCGAAAUAUCCGUUCGAUCAUUCACACACGUUUUGGAGUGAGUCCAGGUUCAGCCGCGACUUCAGAAAUCAGCGUGACACUUUCAGCUACGUAUUAGGGUACAGAUCGCACGACUGGAAUCCUUUGGAGCCGACGUGGAGAAACUAUCUCAGCACGGAGUCAAUGUCCUGGCUUGGAGAUCAUGUCGUUUCGGGCAAGACAAUCUUUCCAGGUUCAGGGAUGUUGGUUAUGGCAAUGGAGGCAGCAAGAGAAACAAGCUCUCCAGGUCGCUCAAUCCGUGGGUUCUAUUUCAAAGAGGCUCAAUUCCUCAAUUCCAUUCCAAUCGGCGCAACAGUCGAGGAGGCCACUGAAACAGUCACUCGUUUGAGGCCGGUCAAGCAGAUGUACGAAAAGGAGGCGUCGUGGGUAGAAAUCAGCAUUUUCGCGGUUCAUGAUGGCCGUUGGGACGAAUGCUUCACAGCUAAAAUCCAAGUCCAAUACCAUGAGUCAGCGACUCAAGUGGACGGCGGCAAAGAGCGGCGCUUAGGAGACCAGUGGGUGGUUGACAGUUAUAAACGUAUAACCGGGUCCUGCAAAUCUGUAAUCAAGCCCCAAGUUUUCUACGACUUUUGUCAGGAUUUGGGGAUCACGUAUGGAGAGUCGUUUCAACUCCUGAACUCCAUCACAUAUACGGCCGACGAAGCGGCCGCUGCCAAAAUCACCGUGGCAAAGUCUCCCCACCAAGGUCCUGGUCUUGUCCAUCCAGCCAUCCUGGACGCUUCCCAUCAUCUCUUGAUGGCUCAGAUGUCGAAACGCCGGAUAGAAACGAUACCGACAUUAGUGCCGCGUCAGUUCAACAACACUUGGAUUUCAGCGGCCGGAUGGGGCCCCUCGGAAACGAGUCAGAUCCGACUUGUAUCGAUUUCGAAGUGCGGUAAAGGGAAAAUGCCGACUGAGAGCAUUUUAUAUGGACUUGGUGACGACGACUCCAUCCUUUGCAAGAUGGAACACAUGAUUAUGGCUCCAGUUUCAAGAAACAAGAUGGCUUCUCCCCGGUCUAGUGGUUUGCUACAUUCCAUCGAAUGGAAACCACAGUUGAGUUUGCUAGAGCCUCAACAAUUGCAGGAAAUAUGCAACGCCAGGUCUAUUGUGUCUGCGGAAAGCCAGGCAGACAUGAUCAACAAAUACGUCAAUCUGGACAAGGCGAUGACCACAGCGAUGUACCAUGCACUGAGCAGAGUGACGGAUGCAGACCUCCAGCAUGCGCCCGCACAUAUCCGCCAAUAUGCAGCGAUGGUGGGAAGCCAUCUCCGGGGUGAUUUCCUACCUCCGAAUGGAGACACGAAAAUAGAAGUGUAUCUGGAAGACAUGUUACAAACAUCCGAGAAAGAGUUGCCCGAGAUGGAAAUGACCUCCAUUGUGGCUCGCAAUCUCGACGGUAUCCUCCGAGGGCACGUGAAUCCACUUGAGCUGAUCUUCUCUACCGAUUGCGCGGAGAGGCUAUAUAGGGACUUGUUUCGCUUAGUACUUGAUGAAAGGUUCUGCAAGUUCCUAGAAUUGGCCACUCACGAGACGCCCGAGCUCAGGAUUCUCGAGGUUGGAGCCGGAACAGGUGGUGUAACUGAGCAUGUGCUGUCCGCGAUACGUGACUUUGAGACGCAGACUGGCGCUAGUCUUUUCGCAGAGUACGUAUAUACCGACAUCUCCGCUGGAUUCUUUGACAAUGCUAGGGCCAAGUUCCAAGAUUUCGAGGAACGAAUGGUCUUUAAGACUUUCGACUUGCAACGCGAUGCUUCUAAACAAGGGUUCAAGCACAGCAGCUUUGACAUUGUGAUUGCCGGCAGCGUUCUCCACGCCACAGCGGACUUAAAGUCUACUCUGCGGGGUAUACGGUCCCUGCUGAAAUCAGGCGGGCGAUUAGUCAACCUGGAGAUGGUCAUGCCGGACAGUGCUUGCUCAAAUGUAACAUUUGGUGUGCUGCCUGGCUGGUGGCUCAGCACGGAGGAGUGGCGAGCAACAGGCCCGCUUAUAACGGAGGAAAAAUGGGAUGAGAUCACAAAGGAAACGGGAUUUUCAGGCAACGAUAUGAUCAUUAGAGAUUUUGACAGUGCUGUAUGGCACCUCGCUAGUCUCAUUGUUACGACCGCGGUGGAUCCGUCCGGGCAGCCAUCCCAGUUGCCUCAGCUUAAUCUCGUGAUUGAUCCACUGUCAGAUGACCAGCUCGUUCUGGCUACUGAGCUCCGUAUACACACUAAUACCAAGACACUCUGUCUAAGAGAAUUAGGGGAGGCCGGUUUAAGUAGAGACGACAUUAUUGUCUGUCUUCUAGAACUUGACAAGCCGUUUCUCGCCACCAUAUCUGAGCAGGAUUUCGGAACACUUCAGAGCCUGCUACGACAGACGCAAAAGUUACUUUGGAUUACCUCAUCGGCUAUCACCGAUGAAUCGUAUGCAUUCGAUGGCCUUAGCACGGGCUUUCUGAGAAGUAUCAGGUCGGAAGAGGGUGAAAAGUAUAUCGCAACACUCAACAUUGAGUCAACCUCCCAGAUUGCGCCGGAAGCGUGUUCGGGCUAUAUUCGAAAAGUACUAGAUUCUGUGUUCGUAAAACUUUCUAAAGAACGGGAUUUCGUCGUGCGAGAUGGCUUCCUGUCAGCAGGAAGGGCGGUCGAAGAGGUUGCCUUGAAUGAAAGGCAUAUUUCGCUUCUAGAGCCCAAAUGGGAACGUCAAUCGUGGCUUCCUGGGCCCCCUCUAGCGCUUGAAGUCGGCACGCCUGGAGCACUCGACAGUCUUCAGCUAGUGGAAGAUCGCUCGUACCAGAACCCACUUCGCCCGGAUGAGAUUGAAAUCGAGGCGAAGGCGUGGGCUAUCAGCUUUAGAGACACUUUCAUUGCUCUUGGGCGAUUGCCAGCCGGCGAGGAACUGGGCUUUGAGUGCACUGGCAUCGUGACCAGAGUGGGUGAUCAGGGCUCGCCCGACUUUCAGCCGGGGGAUAGAGUAUGUCUAGCAGCGUUUGGUAGUAUGCGGACAUAUCCUCGUGGGAAGAUAGAUUUCGUCUUCAAAAUACCUGACGGAAUCUCAUUCGAAUCUGCCGUUUCUACUAUCAACCCGGGCGCGACAGCUUACCAUACCUUAAUCAAUCUGGCUCGACUGCAGAAAGGCGAAAGGAUUCUUAUCCAUUCAGCGGCUGGCAGCACAGGACAGAUGGCGCUUUAUAUUGCCAAAAUGAUAGGCGCUGAGAUCUUUGCUACGGUUGGCUUUGACGACAAGAAGGAGCUUCUGAUAAAUGAGUUUGACAUACCCGCAGACCAUAUAUUCUAUAGCCGGAACACGUCAUUCGCACAAGGUAUCUUGCGCCUCACUGAUGGUCGUGGUGUUGACGUGGUUCUGAAUUCAUUGUCCGGAGACGGGCUGCGCGCCUCGUGGGAAUGCGUAGCCCCAUAUGGUCGUUUUGUCGAAAUCGGCAAAUCUGACAUCAUGAGCAAUUCUUCUUUACCGAUGGCCGGGUUUGCCAAGAACGUCAGCUUUUUUGCGAUGGACUUGUAUCACAUCGCAAUAACAAAGCCUGAGCUGGGGCGGUCCCUCAUACUGUCUUUGAUGGAACUUCUUGCCGAAAAGCGUAUUGAUUACCCCAAGCCGCUGCAUAUAUAUCCAGUUUCACGUAUAGAAGAAUCCUUCAGACUGAUCCAAAGCGGCAAGAAUACAGGAAGAGUAGUGAUUACCAUAGAUCAAGCCGAGGUGGUAUCAAAGUUGAUACGACAUCAAGAUAGAUGUGAAUUUAACCACGAGGCAACAUACUUGGUCGUCGGCGGACUUGGAGGUCUUGGUCGAGCAAUCGUUCGAUGGAUGGCAAGACAGGGCGCGAAGAAUAUGAUCUUACCAUCACGAACUGGACCUGUAUCCCAAGCGGCAAUUCAAGUCGUUCUAGAUCUGAAAGCACGGGGUAUAAAUGUUGUCACACCAAUCUGCGACGCGUCGUCAUUUUCUUCACUUUCAGCAGUCCUAGAAGAUUGCGCCAAGUCGAUGCCUCCUGUUAAGGGCUGCAUAAACGGCUCUAUGGUUCUUCAGGAUGCCGUAUUCCAGAACAUGACGCAUGCGCAAUGGGAACUAACCAUCAAGUCGAAAGUGCAGGUGUCGUGGAAUCUGCACCGGCUCCUCCCAAAUAUGGACUUCUUCAUCCUUCUCGCCUCGCUUUCUGGUGUAUACGGUAGCGUCGCUCAGUCAAAUUACGCAGCAGGGUGUACCUUCCAGGAUGCCCUGGCGCGAUUUCGAGUCGCUCGUGGGGAAAAUACCGUUGCACUGGAUCUCGGUUGGAUGAGAAGUAUCGGAAUCGUUGCGGAGACGGAAAAAUUCCAAGAGUAUCGACAGGGUGUCCGGAACAUGAUACCACUCGAGGAAGAGGAACUACUCGCGCUGUUGGAGCUUUGUUGUGAUUCGUCUACCCGGCGUUCGCCGAUGAGGAGCCAAGUCAUGAUGGGGGCAAAAACUCCAGCGUAUUAUGCUGCUCGGGGCGAGACCCCCGACUCAACGGUGUUUUCACCGCUGUUCUCGACUUUCGCGCGUGUGAGUGACAAGAUGCUUCAGGGGGGGUUGCCCACCAAGGCCAGUGAUCCGGCGGUACUCUUCCGACACGCAUCAGAUUUGCAGGAGCGGGCAGAGAUUUUCACGAACGCACUGAUUGCGAAGCUUGCUCGUUCUUUGUCCAUGCCCAGCACGGAAGUGGAAGCGACCAAACAGCUGUCAGACUACGGCGUUGACUCCUUGAUGGCAGUGGAACUUCGUAACUGGAUCAGCAAAGACUUCAAGGUCCAGAUCGCUGUGUUUGAUAUCAUGGGUGGCACAACCCUUGCAGCAAUAGGCGACUUGGUCGCUACUAGAACUGAAAUAUGA